AUGAUGCACAACUGGCUCUCCACUCCCUUGUUUUUAGCAGCACUCUGCUUUUCACUUUGUGCCCAUAGUACGCCUUAUUCUAUCAAGGAGCGUCAUCCGGUACCUGAUGGUUGGGAUCUCCUACGCCGAGCUCCUCUGCAUGGGAAGAUAAAACUCCAUAUUGGCUUGAAGCAGGGCCGAUUUCACGAACUCGAACGUCAUCUGAUUGAAGUGUCAGACCCAUCACACAACCGCUACGGCCAGUAUCUUACAGCCGAUGAAGUCAAUGACUUGAUUGCACCUUCAAAAGAUACCCUUUCGUUGGUCCAGGAAUGGAUCGAAGAGUGUGGUAUUGGCGCCCAUAAGAUCGUCUUCAGUAUUGCUUCGGACUGGAUAACUUUGGAUUUAUCCAUCGGUGAUGCAGAGAGGUUACUCCAGACAGAAUACUCCGAAUUCUGGCAUGCAGAAAGCAAAACAUUAGCUGUUCGCGCUUCAGAGUGGUCAUUGCCGGAGCAUUUACAUUCUCAUGUCGAAUCAGUUCAGCCAACAAGCUCUUUCUUUCAUGCAGCGGGGUUGGCAGCUAAGAUAGACUUUCCACGGUCACUGUAUGUCGACAAGGAAGAAGGAGCCGGCAACCCGGAUAUCAAGGACUUGAACCAGCUUGCAGAAACUCUCUCGGGUGAGCUGUCAGAGUCUCUUGAUCUUGACGAUUUGCCCAGCGACCUCAAAGCUAGCCAAGCAUGCAACACCAGUGCCGUAACACCACUGUGCAUACGUGCUCUUUACGGGACUUUGACCUACGAGGCACAGGCACCAGACCAGAAUGCCAUGGCAAUAGUCAAUUACGGAGGCGAGUUUAACAAUCGGUCGGAUAUUGACCUAUUUCUCAAGGCAUUUCGGCCGGAUGCUGCACGAGCCGGCGCCGCUUUCACUUUCCAGGAAGACAACAUAGCUGGGGCUAUAAAUCAGCAAACCCCUGCGACUGCCUCACAACUCUCUGAGAAGAUGGGACGAGAAGGAAAUUUAGAUGCGCAGGCCCUCCUCGGUAUCGCUUUCCCCACAGCCAUGAUCAGCUAUUCAAUUGGCGGCGAAGCACCAGCCUUCGAGCCCGAUAAAUACACACCAACCAAUACCAAUGAGCCAUUCCUGACUUGGCUCCACCAUGCCCUCGCACAAAAAGAACUCCCUCAAGUAAUCUCCACUUCUUAUGGAGAUAUUGAACAGACUGUGCCUUAUACCUACGCUAAACGUGUGUGCGAAGGGUUCGCCCAACUCGGCGCACGGGGCGUAACCGUUAUUUUCGGCGCUGGCGAUUCCGGAGUUGGAAAGGAUGGGUACUGUCGUUCGAAUAAUGGGUCUGAUAGCUAUGAGUUCUUGACAAGUUUCCCGGCGAGCUGCCCAUACGGUACAUCUGUAGGAGCGACACGCAACAUAGAGCCCGAAGAGGUGGCACAUAAUGAGCGCAAUGGAUUCGUCAGUGGUGGCGGCUUUUCACGGUAUUUUCCACGCCCCGCUUACCAAAACGCCCAUGGAGUCGUGAGCUCGUAUUUGUCGCGCCUCGGGGACAAUACAUAUACUGGUCUUUAUAACCGCGAAGGUCGUGCAUAUCCCGAUGUCGCGACGCAAGGGUACCGGCGGGUUAUAGUAUGGAAUGGUGAGAAAUUCCUUGUCGAUGGGACGAGUGCCAGCGCGCCUACAUUCGCGGCUGUGAUUGCGUUGGUAAAUGAUGCACUUAUUGCUGAGGGGAAGCCUGUGCUUGGGUUUCUGAAUCCCUGGUUAUAUCAGAAAGGCUUCGAAGCUUUUACGGAUGUUACUAAAGGGAGUAACAAGGGGUGUGGAACGGAUGGCUAUUUUGCAGCAGCAGGAUGGGAUCCUGCUAGUGGCUUUGGGACGCCUUGGUUUCCGCGGCUGAAAGAAUUGGCAUUAGAGCGUAAAUUUCGUAGCCAGCGACCUUGGUAUUGGCCAUACUUAUGA